CGUCCUUUCUCCCGCCGCCCUCCCCCCGCUCGACGGCGGGCCUGGGCAGCCGCUGCCGUGCGAGGCCCGUGAGGAGGAGGAGGAGGAGGAAGAAGCGGCGGCGGCGGCGAUGAAGCUGAGCACACAGGCCUACUGCAAGAUGGUGCUGCAUGGCGCCAAGUACCCGCACUGCGCCGUCAACGGGCUGCUGGUGGCCGAGAAGCAGCAGCAGCAGCAGCAGCAGCAGCCGGGUCAGCGGGGCCGGGAGCGGGAGCCGCCUCAGGCGCCGCCGCCGCCGACCCCCCACGCGCUGCUGGUGGACUGCAUCCCGCUCUUCCACGGCAGCCUGGCCCUGGCGCCCAUGCUGGAGGUGGCGCUCAGCCUGAUUGAUUCUUGGUGCCGAGAGAACAGCUACGUAAUAGCUGGCUACUACCAAGCAAAUGAACGUGUGAAGGAUGCCAGUCCAAACCUGCUCGCCGAAAAGGUCGCCUCCAGGAUUGCAGAAAACUUCAGUGAUACAGCCCUCAUAAUGGUGGAUAACACUAAAUUUACAAUGAAGUGCCUAAAACCAGCCGUUCAUGUGUACGAACACCAUGAAAACAAGUGGAGGUGCAGAGACCCACACAUUGACUAUUGCGAAGAUUGGACAGAAGCCCAGAGGAUCUCGGAAUCCCUGCUGGACAGCCGGUCCUAUGAAACCCUGGUGGAUUUCGAUAACCACCUAGAUGACAUUCGGAAUGACUGGACAAACCCAGAGAUUAACAAGGCUGUUUUGCAUCUCUGCUGAGAAGAUUCCCACCGACUUGACCUGCUGGGGUUUUCCCUGUGCCGAAGAAAGCAAAAAAGAGCAUUAAUUUCCAAAUGUAAAUAGAGAGAGGCGGUUGGUUCCUUCAGGUGAGUGAGGCCCUUUAGAAAAGGAUGUGUUGCCAUGCAGUCAAGUCUUUUUAAUGAGAAUCUUUGGGACACCCACCAAAAUUGGAAGCCUUCUCUGCCCGUUGCCCGUCUUCUCCUGCUGAUGCGUUCUCGUUACCCUCCAACUAGAGUCUUACUUGUUCCAAAUCGUUUGUAUUAAAAAAGUUUCGACUUAACUUUUCAUAUCCUUUAGAGAUAAAUUUUCUAAAAGAAAAAGGAUGUAUGGAAUAUCUCAAGAGAGCUAACAGCUAGUUUUAUUUUUUAAAGAAGCUGCAUCUAAAUACUGAACUUUACCUGAUCGGGUUAGUUUUGGAAACUUUAUCCCAAAGGCUGAUUUUUGGACAUGGUUGCAGUUGAUGGAUACAGGAUGCAGGGAGAAAACAACUUGAAGUAACUCCCCAGAGGCUGUCAAGUUUCUUUACUUAUUCUGGGAAUGUUGCCAUUUUUUUCUGACUCUCGUCUGUUUGGGUCCCCUGUGAAGAGAACAUGAAUUCCCCUUCCAUGAAUUCAGUGUGAAUGGAAUAGACCAAACAGCCAGGAGAAUUAUAAAUUCAUGUUUUUGUUCACAGAAAGCCAACGUAAGUUCUCUUUAUUCUUGUAUCUGGGGGAAAAACGUAAUUUCUUUGAUGUUUAAUUGCAUAAACAGAGGAAGAGAAGUUACAGCCAUGGAUUUCAAUUCCUGAACCAAUUUUGAUGGAGGUAGCCUCUAACCCAGGACCCUAUUGUUGUGCUGUCAAAUGACACUCCUGUCCUUUGCCAACUCUGUUUCGGGCCUCUGGUCUGAUUAGUUAUUCAGGUUUUCAGAGACCUGACUUUUCCAAGCUCAAGAAAGAAUCACCAGCUACGAUUCAGUGCAACGUUUAACCUUUGCACGCCAAGGAGAGAAGGACGCUCAACCCCCUUCAAAAUCUGCACUCCAGUGUUUCGCUCUGGAAAACUUCCCCGUUCAGCCUUCCGCCGAGGUGCUGGUCCCCCUCCCUCCCAUAGCACGCACACACCUUGAUGGACACACCUCCUGUCACCUGUCUAGUGAAAGUAAGUGUUGAAGAGCACAACUGUUGAUCGUUCAGCGCUGGCCUACCUGAUUAUUUUCCUGCGUUUUUUCUUGCAAGCAAACGUUACAGUGUCUUAGCAGUUGGGUUUCCUGUUGAGCUGUUUUGGAUCCGGCUUGUAAUAUAAUGGUUCUGUGGUGUAAAAUGUAAAAGAGUCUUUAAAACAAUGCAACCCUGUGUUACUUUGGGAUUUUUUUUCCUCCUUCUUUUUUUUUUAAGGAUAACUUUUAGCACGGAUGGGUGAACCUUCCUUGUGUUGUAUUUACAUGUCUGAUUUUUUUUUGUUUAUUUGUUUGUUUGUUCCGCCCUGACUGAUCCUGUAUUAAUGCAACCUUUUAUUUAUGGC